AUGGCUACUAAUAUCACCUGGCACCCAAACUUGUCUCAUAAUGAACGUAUUGAAUUGAGAAAACAAAAAGGAUGUACUGUUUGGUUGACUGGAUUAUCAGCUAGUGGGAAAUCAACUAUUGCUUGUGCAUUAGAACAAAGUAUUUUAGCUAGAGGAUUGAAUUCUUAUAGAUUAGAUGGUGAUAAUGUGAGAUUUGGAUUGAAUAAAGAUUUGGGAUUCAGUGAAUCGGAUAGAAAUGAAAAUAUUAGAAGAAUUUCCGAAGUUGCUAAAUUAUUUACUGAUUCAUGUUGUAUUACUUUAACUUCUUUCAUUAGUCCUUAUAAACAAGAUAGAAAAUUAGCCAGGGAAUUACAUGAAAAGGAUAAUUUACCAUUUGUUGAAGUUUAUGUUGACGUUCCAGUUGAAGUUGCCGAACAAAGAGAUCCAAAAGGUUUAUACAAAAAGGCAAGAGAAGGUAUUAUUAAAGAAUUCACUGGUAUUAGUGCUCCUUAUGAAGCUCCAGAAAAUCCAGAAAUUCAUUUGAAAAAUUAUCACGGUGCCUCAAUUGAAGAAAGUGCUGAACAAAUUAUUGAUUAUUUGAUCAAACAUAAUUACAUUUCUUAA